AUGGCAGUCGAGGCCUUCAACCCGCAGUCAGGAGCCUUCGAUGUGAACUGGACUCUGAGGACGGCCCAGAACGUGGCACGGGCGGAAGUGGAGCCGUUUCUCGGCAGCUUGGAGCUGUCGGAUCUGGAGGGGGUGAAGUUCAUGCGCGUCUUUCAGCGCCUCACAGUCCCAUCCGAGGAGUGGAAUUUGAUGAACCUGAAAUUGCUUCAGGAUUUGGAUCCGAGGUUGAAGUUGUGCAAGCAUGUGCUGUGCAAGCACUGGCGCCAGGUGGCAAGAGAAGCAGCCACGAGGAGGGUUGUGCGGCAGCCCUCGCCCCUGUGUCUCCUGAAAAAGAAUAAGCGCGGAAAUGUCGUUGGAAUGGAAUGCGUGUCCUCAGACUCCAGCUUUCCUGACGGCUUCGAUGGCAAUCUUCAAACUGCUUUGCGUCUGAAUGACGUUCUUCCUGAGGCUACUUCCGUGGGUUCGCGUCUGCGUGCGCUUGCGUCCCUGCACUGGGGCCCGCAGAUUCCGCCCACUCCAUCAGCACUAGAGCAGGCGUGGGCAUGGCUCGAAGCUGGCGCCAAGGACGAGGAGAUUCUCGGAGCUGAUGCCCCCGCAAGUGCCUGGGAGAACGUGCGGGUGGCCCAUGUGCAGCUGCGGCUGGCGUGUGACUUGGGCCCCGUGGCCGUGGAGCAAAACCUGGAUACGAACUUCUUCCGCUUCGUGACGAAAUUCCUCGGCUGGAGGCUGUGCGUGGUGCGCUUCUGGGGCUUGCACUGCUUCGUUCGCGACGCUCGCGACAUGGAGAAGGAGGACUCUAGCAGCGCCCUUGGCGAGCGGGCGACCUUAGAGGAGCACCUGGACAGAGCCAUAAAGGAGGCGAAGGGAGAUGGAGACUUUCGAGGGGUGAUGAUGCUGGUGCUGGACCUCCCCGAGAACCAUGACCUCACCAGCCACUGCCAGAGCUUGGAGUGGAAGCACUCGAAGACCAUGCCGCUGCGCUUCGUCCUUUGCGAGUGCGUGCACUAUGACCUCAAGGACUCAGGGAGCCUGCUGCGAUUUCUCCAUGAGGCCGACGUGCGGCUGGUGCGUCUCGAGUACUUGCGGGAGCUGUGCCGCAAGGGCCGGCGCCUGCCAAGGCGGCAGGAAGCUGAGAAGGAAAGGACGGAGUCCGGCGAAGCAGCGCUUGUGGAUGACAUUCUGAGCUGUGUCAAGAUCAAUGAGCAGACCGGGCACAUGUCUACAGAGUCCCAGGAGGGUCAGAUGGUUGAGGUCCGGCUGGUUUCGGUGUCACAUGCCUGGGAGAGCAUGCAACAUCCCGACCCGUGGGGGUUCCAGCUUGAGACCGUUGUCGAGGAAAUGGUGGCGAAGCACAAACCUGCCGGAAAUCGACGCCAGGUCUACCUCUUCUUCGACUACCUCUCUCUGCCGCAGUACGAACGAACGACCUCAGAGGAGAAAGAGUGCUUCCAGCGCGCCGUCGAGAACAUGCACCUCAUGUACGCUCACGAGGCCAUUCACGUCUUCGUUCUCGACAAGCUCACGCCAGCGGAUAGACAAAGCAAGGACGGUGAGAUCAUUGUCUACCAUGAGGACAGCGAAGCAGUCAAAUCUGUGCCCGUCAAAGACCUGAAGUUCAACGAGACGCCGUACCUUUCGAGAGGAUGGUGCCAGGCGGAGACAGAGUGGGCAAGCCUGCGAGAGACACUCUCGCACAUGCCCUCACCGCCAAGCAAGUUCCAGGAGAAGAUGGGGCAGUUGGCGUUCACGCACCGGAACGAUGCGGGAGCGGUCAUCCAACUCCAGGCCCGCGUCUUCUUUCAGAAGACUUCGGCCACCACCCAGCUGCUCCUGGAGGGGCUUGACGAGGCGCAGGUUCGCCUCCUCUGCGAAGUGCUGCCUUCAUACACGCGCCUGGAAGACAUCGUCUUGAAUGGGAACGUGCAGCUGGGCACCCGUGGAGCUGUGGCGGCCGUGCAGUCCGCCGCAAAGUUUGUUCACAUGGAGUCCUGUGGGCUUCAGUCAGCCGAUGCCAAGGCCAUGGCUGAAGCGCUCUCGUCCAGCAAGGACCGGCCACACCUGGAGCUUUUGAACCUCAAGGGAAACUUCAUCGACGAGGAAGGCCAGAAAGCGCUUGAGAGGGUGAGACGGCGCCUCCCGAAUCUCCAGAUCGAGUUUCGCGGCCAGCUUUGCCCCGGCGAUGUCGGCCAAAGGAUGCCAAGCAUCACUUGGUCGGUUCCGCGCGCGACAGUUGUCGCGGUACAGAUACCCACGGACACCGUGCUUGAUUACGAGGGGCCACUUCUGAUACGCAACUUCCCUGGUGUCGUGCUCCGCAUGCAGAAGCUCGAGUUUGCAGCAGAGGCAAUCACGGCAGAAACCUUUGAAAGCGCUGCGAAGAAUAUACGGAAAGCCGCAGAAACGAUUCUUCCUCACAAGUUCAGCGCAAUCGGGCUGUCGUGCACUUCGAUGUCUUUUGUCCUUGGCCCCAAGCGCGUCGACGAGCAGCUCAACAGUGUAUGCCCGACGGCAGCCGUCACAGACAUGGCCAGAGCACAGGUCGCUAGCCUCCGCGCACUUCGCGCGACUCGCCUCGCCCUGGUCACGCCCUACAUCCAGGAAGUGGCCGCAAAGAACGUCCAGAUGCUGGAGGAGGAGGGCUUUGAGGUUGUCUCGCACGCGACCAUGGGCCUGACGCACGACUCGCAGACCGACAAGGUCUCGAAGGACACUAUCAAGGCCUGGGCUCACGCGGUCGAUACCGAGGCGGCAGAGGUGCUUGUCAUUGGCUGCAGCGCGCUCCGCGCCUGUGAGCCGGGAUUUAUCGAGGAUCUCGAGGCGGCUCUGGGCAAGCCGGUGGUCACCUCGCAUCAUUACGCUAACUUUGUAAUGCGCGGCAAGUAA